UGGAUCACGGAGCCUCCGACGCCGCCUCUGAGCCACAUCAGACCGGCUAGACACGGAGCGCCAUGGCCGCUGAAGAGAGCCGACCCACGGCCUGUACCGGCUCCAGCCUCCUGCAGCCGGUCAGCGAGCUCACCAACCUGCCGCUGGAUCAGGUGAACUUUGUGGUGUGCCAGCUGUGUGCGUUGCUGUCGGCCUUCUGGUUUCGUCUCUUCCUCCAUCCCAGUAAGACCAGUCCCUUCAUCAGACACGCUGUGGCCACUCUACUGGGACUCUACUUCGCUCUCUUCUGCUUCGGCUGGUACGCUCUUCACUUCCUGGUUCAGAGUGGACUCACCUACGGCGUCAUGAUCCUGACCGGAGUCGAACACAUGCACAAGUACUGCCUCCUGGUGGCUAUCAGCUACCUGAGUCUGUGUCAGAUCACUCGGGUUUAUGUGUUUGACUACGGCAUGUACUCUGCUGACUUCACAGGCCCCAUGAUGGUGAUAACCCAGAAGAUCACCAGCCUGGCCUUUGAGAUCCACGACGGAAUGGCACGAAAAGAAGAACAUCUGACUCCAGGACAGAAGAUUCUGGCCAUAAGGAGGAUGCCCAGUCUGCUGGAGUACUUCAGCUACAACUGUAACUUUUUGGGGAUCCUAGCCGGACCGACCUGCUCCUACAACGAUUACAUCGCCUUCAUCGAGGGAGACCCCCGUCGCCAUAGAGACCAGGACGCCGACAGGAAGUCCAACUGCAAGCUGAGGCAGAGCGAGCCCUCGCCAAACACGGAGGUGGUGCGUAAAGUGGCCACUUCGUUCUUCUGCCUGCUGGUCUUUCUGUCGGUGUGUAAAGUUUUCCCCGUGGAGCGAAACAUUGACGACGACUUCAUCGCCAGCACGCCGUUCUACACCCGGUUGGUCUACCUGUACCUGUCCAUGCUCACCACCAGACCCAAGUACUACUUCGUCUGGACGCUAGCUGACGCUAUAAACAACGCAGCGGGCUUCGGCUUCAACGGCUACGCCAGUGACGGCUCUCCUCGCUGGGACCUCAUCUCCAACCUGAGGAUCCUGAACAUCGAGUUAGCCACCAGCUUCAAAGUCUUCCUCGACAACUGGAACAUCCAGACGGCUCACUGGCUCAAAAGGGUGUGUUACGAGCGAUGCCCCUACCACCCGACAGCAGCCACCUUCAUCCUGUCGGCCAUGUGGCACGGAGCGUACCCGGGCUACUACCUCACCUUCCUCACCGGCAUCGUCAUCACGCUGGCUGCUAGAGCGGUGCGACACAACGUUCGGCCACACUUCCUGCACUCGCCCAGCCAUAAAGCGCUCUAUGAUGUCAUCACGUGGGCGGCCACUCAGAUUGCCAUCUGUUACACGGUGGUGCCUUUCGUCCUGCUGUCCAUGGGUCCGUCCGUCAAGUUCUACAGGUCCUGGUACUGCAGCCUCCACAUCGGCUGCGUUCUGCUGGCCAUGGCGCUGCCGGUCAAACCGAGACACCUCCGCCUCAAAGACCAGCAGAAGAGCCUUCUCCGGGAGCCCAACAAGCGCCCCCUGGAGGCUUCAGACAGCAGCUGCAGCCAGAAGGAAAAGACCACAUGAGACACAAAAGGACCACAUGAGACACAAAAGUAUAUACGAGAGACAGAUGACGAAAGGACACGAGACAGAGGACGAAAAGGACGACGUUGAACAGCAUUUUAUUUCCAUAAACUUGUGUAGAAAGACGAGGAGCCGAAGCAAAUCGAACGGACCUACCGAUCUGUCUCGGGUACAGAAUCACGAUGGUCAUGGCAGCAAGUUAAAUAUACUGUAUUAUUUGGAUUCGUAGUACCAGACCGGGUAUGAAAAACAGGCCAUGAGUUUUUCCAAGGCUGACGAGGUUGUACUUGAAAUGAAAUGUUUGCCCUAUUACGUUAGGAGGGAGUUCGACUGCCACGAUAGCAUUUGGACUCAAACUUCGGCAAAUCUGCAAU